AUCACCAUGCAGCAAAACUCAUCUACAGCAUUUACCUGUUCAUCAUGAUGAAGCUGAUCCCUUCUCUGACUCUCAUCUGGGCGCUCUCCAGCACAGCUGGAGCACUUCAGUGUCAAACUUGUACAAAUCUGCAGUGUUCAAGCACGGUAUUAUUUACAUGUUUGUCUGCAACAGAGUUGUGUCUAGAAGCUUCCAUUCAAGGCACUUCAUCUGGAGCCACAGUCCAGCAAAUCUUGAAGGCUUGUGCACCGCCCUCCCUGUGUCCAGCCACAGGCUUUCAGAAUAUUUCAGUCAACUUGGGUAUUGUGAGUGCAGUUGCAUCUGUUCGGUGCUGCAACACGGAUAACUGCAACAACAACACAACUCCAGCUUCCCCAGUGGCACAGACAAGUAACAGCCUACAGUGUUUCACUUGUAACACCUCUCAAUGCAACAUCCCAUUACAAUGUAAGGGAGAGGAGGACCGCUGCUUUCAAGCAAGUGUGAUAAAUGGGUCCAGCACUUUUCCAGUCUUUGGCUGUGCAUCUUCAAACCUGUGUACAGCUGCUGCCAGCCUGGGUAGCCUACCUUUUGUACAAGGUAUUGGUGACCUCAGCAGCAGUGGACCAUCCUGUUGUAACACCUCAUUGUGUAAUACUGUUACAACAACAACAACAAGCGACGCCUGCCGUGUCAGACUGGCUACGAUCCUUCUGAUGCUCGGACUCCUUAUCUUAACCCUCUGUUAGAACACUGACAAAAUGGAGGAAGCACCUUUGAAGCUAGCAGAAUGAGUUCUUUUGAAGCCUGUAGUUGGGUUUAUUGCUCACUGACAUCUUUAGCUGGGAGUUACAGGGGCUAGAAAAACCACAUUUAGGGAAAAAGUGCAAGGGUGAAGCUUAAGUGGGAUAAUUAGGCAGCAAUGCAGUAGACUUUUUUCACAGCAGUCAUUUUGACAUGAAAUAGUAGGGUAAACACAGGUGUUACCAAUGAUACUAAUUAAGGUUCUGUUCAGAUCAAACAGAGUCAGGUUGGUGCUAUUGUGCAUGUUGUCACUGGAAAGGUACUGCUGCACUAAAUGGAACCUUAAUUAGUAUCAAUGGCAACACGUGUUUACCCUACUAUUUCAUGUCAAAAUGGCUGCUGUGAAAAAUGUCUAUUGUCAGGCACUUAGAUGCAUGAACUUUUUCGCAGCUUUAAUUUACUUAGUACAUAUUUGCUGGGGAUUUUUUUACUGUGUGUAUUUUAACUGGAUUGAAUGUUGUGUUUUGUUGUAAAUUGUACAGAUAUAAUACAAUUGUCUACUAUCCUAAUACUAUAUCAUAUAAUAUACCGUAUUGACCCGAAUAUAAGACGACCCUGAAUAUAAGACGACCCCUCUUUUUCAAGACCCAUAUUUGGAAAAAUACUUUUUAUUUGGACAAAAACUUGAAAAUUUAAAUUAAACGAGCAUAAGCCUACUGGCUUAACUUGUGCAAUAAACGGCGCACAUUUUCUUGACAGUGUCAGAACAGUCUGCAAAAUGUGAGAACAAUAACAUCCAAAAACACCACAAACAGUUUUUUUUUUUCUUUCUUUCAUUGAGCUGCAUCCUCCGCAUCACUGUGUUCCUCCUCCUCACUCGCACUUUCAUUGUCGCUCUCUGCCGAUGCCGUCGGCUCCUCCCACAUCAAAUCAUCCUCGCUUCCAUCCAUCAGAUUUGAGAUGCAACAUUUCUUGAACCCGUUGAUGAUGCUCUCAGAGGAGACGUCUGCCCAAGCUUGCAGGAUCCAUUCGCAGAGAAGAUGGGCAGAAGGUUUCUGAAUUUUUCCAGUAGGUGUCAAGACAUGGUUACCAGCCAGGAGCCAUGCUGUGUAGUUCUUCCGCAGACUGUUUUUGAAUGGCUUAUUAACGACCACAUCCAGUACCUGUAACAAGUUAUUUUUUUAACCAUUAUAGGCCUACAGUAGCUUGCUGUUAUGUACACAUCUAUCAUAAAUUCUAUUGUAUCUUUUCAAUCUCCCAAUAAAAUGACUCAAACUACA